UCUCAAACGAAAGGAAACUCGAUCAGUAGGGAUUAAAGUUUGCACAUGUCAGAAUAUAUACCACGUGCUCACCAAUUGGGGGUCAUCGAGGUUCAAAUAGAAGACCUCUCGAUCACACAAAGCUAUGAUAUCAUGUCAAAAAUCAGUUAGUGCAAAUAACUCGAGUUGUUGGAAAAUGUUCAAUUAUGUAUAAUAUAUCACUUAUGAACAUUCAAUGCAUAUCCUGACUAAUGCUCAAAUAAAUAGCACUUAAUUACUUCAAGGUAAGUUUGCCUACUAAAUAAAUACAUAGAUAUCCAUCGAGCUCCCAAUAAAAAAAGAAAAUAAUAAAUACAUCGAGUUAUAAUUGUGCAUAACAUAAACAUAUAAAAAGAAACCUGAUAUCUCAUGAAAAUCACUUAGUAUAGUUAGGUCAAGUAAGAAAUACAUCUUAGAGUAGAACGAGUAGAACUUGUAUUUGUACCUAUUAUCAUCACUAUCCACAUCAACUCCACGCUCCCACGCUGAUCUUUGGAGUUUGACAAAAGUCAAGCCAAGCACUAGCCUUUGGCUGUAGUCGAAGAAUCGAACUGGUAUAAAGGACUUAUAAUAUAAAAUAUAUUAACUCUUUAGUCGAAGCCAAGCAAGUCAAGCUGUUUAGUGAUUGGCUGUAAAACUUUUAAUAUGAGCGGUUGUGUAAAAUGACUAUAAAAGACUUAUAAUAUAAAAUAGAAAUAGAAAUUCUAUCACACCAAAAAAUCGAGGCAGAGAACAACUAGAUUAGGGAUUUUUUUUUUUAAUUCAAUAUAUGCUUAUAAAAGGCAAGGUGUAAUCUGAAUGUUUAGUGUGUGAAAAUAGCAAAAACUAAUCAGUGAAAGCAAUACCCUUGUCCCACUCUGUCUGCCACAACUCCACUUCUCUAAACAAAACCAAUAAUAUAAUUAUAAAAAAAAAGUUGUCAACUUGUAAUUAAAAAAAGGGAGAGAAAUAUUCUAUCCACCAAAAAAUCGAGGCAGAGAACAACUAGAUUAGGGAAGAUUUUUUUUAAUUCAAUAUGCCUAUAAAAGGCAUGGUGUAAUCUGAAUGUUUAGUGUGUGAAAAUAGCAAAAAACUAAUCAGUGAAAGCAAUACCCUUGUCCCACUCUGUCUGCCACAGCUCCACUUCUCUAAACAAAACCAAUAAUUAUAUUAUAUAAAGCUCAAUUCAUGUUACUGUUGCCUAUACUUUUGCUCUCAUUGGUUCUUUUUUUUUAUGCAUAUGUUUUCCCAUUUUAAGAUUUUGCAACUUCCACGUAAUUCAUAGUUGUACUUUUUUCAUGAGAUAUUUGGAUUCACACCUGUUCUAAAAAAUAUUUCUCAAUUUGAGAGUUGUGAACUUCUGAUAAUGUUGUAACUGUGGAAAUAAAUUUGCAACGGUGGCAUCCACCCGAAUAUGACUUAAUCAGAUAGGGUAAAAUUCGAACUCGAGUGAUUUUUAGUGGGUGUGAAAAAAUUUGAAUCCGAAUAUUACAUCAAUGGAUGGGCAUGAUUUUCUCACUAUGCAACCCAAAUAUGCUUGAUUAUACACAUGCAUAUGUAUUUUUUCUAGAAAGCUCAUUAUUUUUCUCUAUAACCUUGAUAUUUAUUAUACAUAUAUAAUAUUUUCGUGCAGUUGUUUUGUUUUAACUAAUUUUCUUCAUUUUAGUGAUUUUUAUUGUCGUACGCAAUGUCAUUAUACGAGUGAAUGUUAACAUGUUGGUUAGAUUUAUAUAUAAAUUAUUACCCAUGGAUAACACGUGAAAACCCGAAUCAUCGAGAAUUGGCUUGAUUUUAAUUUUCUCCUCGAUUCUUCUGUGAGUAUGAGUAAACCAAACUAUUCUAGGUAGGAUAAUUGAUAUGCACUAUCUGCCCCCAACACGAUCGAUUUUCAUUCCUAAUUUUCAUUAAUCCUUAUGUGUUAUGUCAUCGUAUUAGACUCAUGUUACCAAUCAAACUUCAAAAUUAGAUGUCUUAAGACUACUUUUAAAAUUAGGUGAAUAGUAUUUACGCAUUUUUGUAAUAUAAGAUGUAAUGAUGUUAGGGUAUUAAAACAAAACAAUACACACAAAUGACUAACCAACAAAAUAAAAAAUUAAAAAUCAACCGCAGGUCGUUGCAGAGCUCGACCGCCACCUAGCUAGUAUAAUUCUAAAAAAAAAGUUGUCAACUUGUAAUUAAAAAAAGGGAGAGAAAUAUUCUAUCCACCAAAAAAUUGAGGCAGAGAACAACUAGAUUAGGGAAGAUAUUUUUUUUUAAUUCAAUAUGCCUAUAAAAGGCAUGGUAUAAUGAAUGUUUAGUGUGUGAAAAUAGCAAAAACUAAUCAGUGAAAGCAAUACCCUUGUCCCACUCUGUCUGCCACGAGGAAUUAUUGCCUACACGGGGAGCACCACGUUGGCAUGCUGAUUUGGUGCUCCGGCCAAUUAAAAUCCGACAUGUAUCCAUCUGUAGGAAUUAUUUAAUUAACUGCUUAAUUCGCUCUUCCAUCAUUAUUAUAUUCAGUUAAUACUAACUAAUUAAUCUUCCCCUCUCUCUUUCAUGCUCCUCUGUCUUCUUCCGCCAUUAAAAUUUUUACAAUCAAGCAAAGUAAUUUUCUCUUGCUUCGUCUUCCCAACUCAUCCCCUUCAUAGCUCCGACGAAACAACCACCGACUAACAAAAGCAAAGUUCAGACUUUUAUUAUUGGCGCAGUGACUGUGUUGCCGUGGACGAUGUCUCUAAUUAUGCUAAUGGAGCUGUAGAAAGAGUCUAGCUUUCGGUAUUGGGUUCGGAAGCAGUGACAUAUAUGACAAAAGAUUCAAUUUGUUUGCAAAUGGAGAGUUUCCUGAAUUGAUCAAUAACUUCCAAAAUUUUAAUGGCGGAAUUUUACUCGCCUGCUCCACGUUGGGACGGAGAAGACAAAGGAGCAUGAGAGAGAAAGAGAGGAUUAUUAGUUAGUAUUAUUAUAUUAUUAUUUGAAGAGAUUUAUCAGAGAUGAUAGUUGAGUAUAGACAGGGAAAGAAUUAAGCAGUAAUUCCUCUUAAUUAAUAGCUGCAGAUGGACACGUGGCAGAUCUUAAUCGGCUGGGAGCACCAAAUCAGCAUGCCAACGUGGUGCUCCCGGUGUAGGCAAUAAUUCCUCGUCUGCCACAGCUCCACUUCUCUAAACAAAACCAAUAAUAUAAUUCUAAAAAAAAAAAAAGUUGUCGACUUGUAAUUAAAAAAAGGGAGAGAAAUAUUCUAUCCACCAAAAAAUUGAGGCAGAGAACAACUAGAUUAGGGAAGAUUUUUUUUUAAUUCAAUAUGCCUAUAAAAGGCAUGGUGUAAUCUGAAUGUUUAGUGUGCGAAAAUAGCAAAAACUAAUCAGUGAAAGCAAUACCCUUGUCCCCUUCCCACUCUGUCCGCCACAGCUCCACUUCUCUAAACAAAACCAAUAAUAUAAUUCUAAACCAAUUUUCCAUAAGGGGGAAAAAAACAAAAAUGUUUCAACCACUUGAACCACUAACAGCCGUCGCCGACGAAGAAAUCCUGACGAUCGACUAUUUCUCCCUCUUCUCCGCCGACACUGCCCACCGUUCUAAGGCCCUGGACUGCCUCUCAGCAGCUUGUGAGCACUAUGGCUUCUUCAACCUGGUGAACCAUGGGAUUCCCGAUGGAGUCAUAGAUGGUGCUUUGAGUGGGAUCGCCGAUUUUUUCGAGCAAACGCCGGUGGAGGAGAAGAGCAAGUACAAGAAAGGUGAUCCCGGAGCUAGGAUUCUUUGGGAUGCCAGGUGUCAUGCCGGCGAGAACAGAGAACAUCUCAAGCUCCUCGCUCGUCCGACGUUCCAUUGCCCUCCCAAUCCUCCAUUCUUUAGGUAUAUAGUAUACAAACAUGGUUGUUAUGCCGGCCGGCGUGCCACCGGUUGUACCUGGUUCGACCGGUACCGGUCAUAAAACCGACGUGCCACCACCGGUAUGAUCGAUAUAAGAAUCUCUAAGUAAAAUGAUAUUAUUUUAGUGAAUUUAAUUUUUAAAAAUUAUUUUAUUAUUUAUUUUAUGAGUAUAAAAGUUAAGGGUAAAUACAAUUUAAUAUCCAAACCUUUUAUUUUAAACAAUAUAAUAGCCAAACCUUUUCGAAAACAAUCUAAUAUCCAAAUCGUCAACUUUCUGUCUGUUUGACCGUUAGUUGACACUUCAAAAAAGUUCGAAGUACGACACUUCAUCAAUAUCCAUCGAUAUCUUCUCUGAAAAACCACCAACAUAUCGUAGUUCCAAACUCGAGAAGUCCAUGACUCCACCAUGAUGGUAUAGAAUAUCUAAAUAUCCAAUCAUCUGUAAUGCCAAAACAAGAAACCAAGUUAUAUUAUGACAAUUUCCCCUAAACAAAGCUUUUUUGAGGUGUCAACUAACAGUCAAACGAACGGAAACUUGACGAUAUGGAUAUUAGAUUGUUUUCGAAAAGGUUUGGCUAUUAUAUUGUUUAAAAUGAAAGGUUUGGAUAUUAAAUUGUAUUUACCCAAAAGUUAAAUAUUGAUUUUAUUUGUUGGAUUCAAGUAUAAAUGUUUAGGUAUUGACGUUAAAUGUCAUGUUUAAUAUGAGUAUUUAUAAUUUUAUUUGUAAUAUUGACCGGCAUGAACCGGCACAAACCAGCAUGUGCCACCGGUCGAACCAUUUCACUUGCUAAACCGGCACACUGGCAAAAACCGGUUUGACAACCUUGAUACAACACCACCUCCCCACCGCUAUCAGAUGUAUUCACUGACAAUGAACACGUUUUGUUUUGUGCACAGAGAGGCAUUGGGAGAGUACGAGAGCAGAUUGCAUGAAGUGAAGCUGGGCUUAGCAAGGGCUAUGUCCUUAACCUUGGGACAGGAAGACUCCUACAUAGAGGAUGCUUUCGAACUGGAAUUGGGAUUUGACGUGGCUGCCAUGAAUCAUUACCCACCAAACUUCAUGUCAAAGGGCACCAUGGGACUGGCUGAACACACCGAUCCUGGUUUCAUCGUCUCCCUCGUCCAAGAUAUGGAUGGCGGCCUUCAAAUCCUAACCCAUCAAGGACAAUGGAUCAACGUCCACAUCCCUCCCCAUGCCAUCUUAAUUCAACUUGGGGACCAACUGGAGGUAUAUUUAUUUAUUUAUCUAUUUAGUUAUAUACGUGGACCGUGGUGAUGAUCACCAGUUGGUUUUUAUAUAAUUUAAUUAGUUAACCUUAACUAAAAAUAACAUUUACGUAAUUGAUGCAAUUUAUAAGGAGUCAUUUUAGGGCUGUCAGUUUGGAUAACCAAAACCAAACCAUUAGCAUGAAAACCAAAAAUCAAAAUAGGCAUAUUCA